UAUGUGUGCGACUAAGAAGUAGCCGUUGUUCCAUCUUAUUGAUUAGAUCAAAUAUUAGGAUUACUAUAUUACAAUCAUUGUAUUGAACUAAUAAUGUUUCAGAUUACAAUAAUGUCUCUAAUCCAUACCUUGCCUCUUUGACAUAACCCAUGCCAUAAGCCAUACUCAAACACCACACUUAUUAUUGACCAAAAAAAAAAAAAAAAACACCACACUUAUUUUAUUUCUUUCAUAGUCAAACAGAGUCUGUUCUGUUUCAUCUUCUUUCUCUGUUUCCCCCUGCAUCUGCUUCUUCUUCUGCAAAAGAUGAAGAACAUAAUGGCAAGACCCAUCAACGUUUUCUCCACAAAGCCCUCACCUCUGAGCACUUGGGUGGUGAUACUGGUCCUCUGCAUUCUGGGUUUCUACGCAGUGUAUUUCCCUCGCUCAAAUGCACCUUUUCCCACUCCCCUCAACUCCUCUAACCUCCAAACCCUCUUCCUCUCCACUUCCUCCAACUCCACCAUCGCCUCCUACCUCCGCGCCCUCACCCUGCACCCUCACCUCGCCGGAACAGAACCCGCCGCCGACACCACUCGCUACGUUCUCAGCCACUUCACUUCCCUCGGCCUCCAAACCCACACCGCAACCUACAGAGCUCUCCUCUCCUACCCUCUGAGCUCCUCCCUCACCGCGCAUUUCAGCGACGGCUCCUCCGUCGACCUCCCCCUAACCGAACCGGCCGGAGGACCGGGCGUGGUUCAACCUUACCACGCGUACUCCCCGUCCGGCUCGGUUCAGGCGAGGGUGGUGUUCGUGAACUAUGGCAGGGAGAAAGACUACCGUGAGCUGGGGGUGAACGUUAGCGGGUGCAUAGUGAUAGCGAGGAAAGGUGGCGAGUUUGGGAGAGGCGCGGUGGUUGAGACGGCGGAGAAGAAUGGGGCGGCGGCGGUGCUGAUUUACGGCGACGGCGAAACGUGGCGGAAUGGGUUUGAGAGGGGGAAUGUGAUGAGGGGUAUAGGGGACCCACUUAGUCCUGGUUGGGCUGGGGUUGAAGGUGGUGAGAGCUUGGGUUUGGAAGAUAGUGAGGUUUUGAAGAGGUUUCCCAAAAUUCCAUCCAUGCCCCUCUCUGCUGAAGUUGCUGACUCCAUUUUGUCCUCGCUUGGAGGUGCUCCGGUGCCCCUGGAGUGGAGGGGUGCCCUGAGGUCGAAGGUUAGCCAUGUUGGUCCUGGUCCCACAGUGCUGAACUUCACUUACCAGGGUGAAAAGAAGAUGGCCACCAUUCAAAAUGUUUUUGCUGUCAUAAAAGGAUCAGAAGAACCAGAUCGAUAUGUUCUGCUUGGGAACCAUAGAGAUGCAUGGACUUAUGGUGCUGUUGAUCCGAGCAGUGGGACAGCUGCCCUACUUGACAUUGCUCGUCGAUAUUCUAUUCUUUUGGGUUUGGGGUGGAAGCCAAGGAGGACAAUCAUUCUCUGUAGUUGGGAUGCAGAGGAAUUUGGAAUGAUAGGAUCCACUGAGUGGGUUGAACAAAACCUUAUCAAUCUGGGUUCCAAAACUGUGGCAUACCUUAAUGUGGACUGUGCUGUUCAAGGCCCUGGUUUCUUUGUUGGCUCAACUCCUCAGCUUGACAGUCUUAUUCUAGAGGUCACGAAAAAGGUCAAGGAUCCUGAUUCUGAAGACGUAUCAGUAUAUGAGAGUUGGGCUGCAGCUGAUGGAGGCAAUAAUAUUCAGAGGCUCAGUGGAGUUGAUUCUGAUUUUGCUUCGUUUGUGCAACAUGCAGGAAUCCCAUCUAUUGAUAUUUAUUAUGGAAGAGAUUUCCCUGUCUAUCACACUGCUUUUGACUCCUAUAACUGGAUGGCGGAGCAUGGAGAUCCAUUCUUCCAGCGCCAUGUUGCUGUUACUGGAGUUUGGGGGCUUCUGGCUCUUCACCUUGCUGAUGAUUCUAUUCUUCCUUUCAAUUAUGUUUCAUAUGCAAAUGAGUUACAGUUGUACAAUAACAGAUUGAGUAACUUGUUAGAUCAGAAAACUUCUCUGCAUCCAUUAGCGAUGUCAAUUCAAGAAUUUGCCUUUGCUGCCAAAGAAGCUGAUGAUGAAUUAAAGAAACUGAGAUUACAAGAAACUGCAGAUUGUUCUGUAGAUAUGAGAAAGCGAGCCUUGAAUGAUAGACUAAUGCUUGUUGAAAAAGGCUUCCUGGAUGCAGAUGGACUUCAAGGAAGGCAAUGGUUCAAGCAUCUUGUGUUUGGGCCUUCCAGUGACCAUGAAAGGUUAAAUUUCUUCCCCGGGAUUAGUGAUUCUUUCACCCGGUCCACAAGCAUAAGUGAAGGAGAAAGGGUGGCAGCUAUUCAACAUGAGGUCUGGAGGGUUUCCAGAGCCAUUCAUAGAGCUGCUUCUGCACUUAGAGGAGAAUUCACCUAAAAACUAAGCAGGAAACUCAAGAGAGAGGAGAAGGAAGAAAUCUAUGUUUUGAGUUACACGUAAAUAUCAGUGUUCGUUUCCACCGCUCGAGUAGUUAGCUGCAUUUUGAUGUGUAUACCUGUAAAUCAAGUUUUCAAAAAGGAUAUUUGAUGAUCUUGUUUGAAGACUUGUUCAUAGAUUUUAGAUAACAGCAAACCUUGUAACUACAAUCAGCUUAUAAUGAUUAGUAGGACUUUUUCAA